UGCUCAUUUUCAUUUUCAGGUAAAACCUAUUUUUUUCUAAUCUUUGUCUUUUAAUUAGGGAAAACAAUCUCACUCUCUGAUGCUCGCAACCCUUCGUCAUCAAUUUCGCUCUUGCAUCUUUGAAUUCCAACAUUUAAUUGAUGCGUCUUGCUUCGAUAUCUAUGGUGUGUUUGGGGUUCUAUGGUGUCUGUGUCGUGGGUUAACAAUGGUUGCUCCGGUGAAGUUUUCAUGGUUUGAAGCUACUUUGAAUGUUCACAGCGUGUUGCAGGUUCCCAACCACUUCACAAGUUCGACGUUGCUUCGAAGAUUUUUCAUUUUCUCGUGCUCCAGAAGGAGAGAUACUCAUGAAGCCUACAUACCUAAUGUGUGUAGUUGUUCCUGUUUUUCCUCCAUCAGAAUCCAACAUAGUAUUCUAGAAACUAACGUUUUAGUCUUCUUUAUUUUCUUACAUGAUCCAUCAUGAUCCUUCUGCAACUGUAAUGGAUUUGGAAGAUUUUAAGAUUUUUAACUAAGUCAAAAAUUUAUAAUGUUUAAAAUUUACCAACUUUACCAAACCGCUACUUUUAAGCAGUGAAGCUUUGAUUUUGUA